AUGGGUGGGAAACCAUUGAAGAAUCUUUUCUGUUGUUAUCAACCGAAAGCUGAGAAUAUGGGAGAUGAGUUACAACCAGUAUCUGAAACUUACAACAUCGAACAAAUCAGUUCUAAACAAACUACUGAUUUAUUGGAAACGGAUGAAACGAUAGUGCUGAUCAGUGAAAAAUGCACCUAUAAACGAAACGAGAGUCCCCAACCAAUCGAAGUUACAAAUAUGAAAUUAAACGAUACUAAGGAGAAAGCAGAUAGUAUGACAAUGUUAGCAACGGUUCAUCCGUACAGCAACAACAACAAAAGCAGUAGUAACAGCAGUUCAGACGCUGAUAAACAUAUCAUGAAAAUCACCGACGUUACUGAUCAGUAUUUGGAAGAGAAAGAUGGCGAAAUUCAAGAGGGUAGUCUGGUUGAAUACUGCCGCAUAGAUCAUCAUGAGAAUGCGAAAUAUCGACCGGAAAUAUGCUUGGCUGACAGAAUUGUCAAGAUUACUUCCUUAGAACACGAUGAUUUCAUCAAGACGGACAUAUCAUCAGAACAUUACAAGACAAUGCUAAAGUAUAGCGCUUGUGAUGAAGAUGUUGAUUUGGGAAGGCCUUGCUUAUCGCUAAACUGCAAAUGCACUGGUUUUAAACCACAUCCUUGGAGGAAAGUCUGCGCUCAUUGCAAGUGCGAUCGUACUGACCACGAAACGGCUUCACGUAGUCGCAACUUUACUGCCUCUAAACGUAUCGGAAUCUCGCUACCACAACUAAAAAUGUCAUCAAUCGCAGUGGCACAAAGUACUGGUCGUACUGAUGCUCCCGGUUCUAUCAGUCAUGGCUAUUCGUGGGUGCCACCAGGACUCACUCGUCUUAAGGUGGAAGAAUAUAUGUCACAAUUACCAAAUCAUGUGGUCCCACGGGUGAAUAGUAAUGGUGAGAAGUUUCGCGAAAAGCAGCUCAUGUUGCAGUUACCACGACAGGACCUGUCAUUGGCUUAUUGUAAGCACCUUUCAAAUAAUGUUGAAAGAAAACUUUAUGAAGAAUUUAUCAAUGCACGAAAUGAAAUCGCCUUGGAUAUUGGUUUCGUCUGUCCAGUCAUUCCAAAUCAAAUGGAGUGUAAGAAAUGCCGUGGUGUAUUGGAAAGGAACGAAAUGGCUGUAAUAGCGCCAAAACUAGGUGAAAGCAGCGGUUGGCAUCCGGCUUGCUUCACGUGUGCUACGUGUGAGCAGCUUUUGAUCGAUUUGACAUAUUGUGUUAAGGACGGCAUUAUCUAUUGUGAACGACAUUACGCUGAACUUCAUAAGCCGCGCUGUAAUGCCUGUGAUGAGUUAAUAUUUGCCGGUGAAUAUACAAAGGCUAUGAAUAAGGACUGGCAUAGUGAUCAUUUUUGCUGCUGGCAAUGUGAUAAUACUCUCACCGGUCAACGGUACAUUCUCCGAGACGAGCAUCCGUAUUGCAUCAAGUGCUAUGAAGACAUUUUUGCCAAUACCUGUGACGAAUGCGCCAAAGCAAUUGGUAUCGAUUCUAAGGAUCUAUCAUACAGAGACAAACAUUGGCACGAGGAUUGUUUCUUAUGCAAUAUGUGCAAAAUCUCACUUGUUGAUAAGCCAUUUGGCAGUAAAAAUGAUCGAAUUUUCUGUUCCAAUUGUUAUGACCAAGCAUUUGCAACACGCUGUGAUGGUUGUGGUGAAAUAUUUCGUGCCGGAAUGAAAAAAAUGGAAUAUAAAGGUAAGCAAUGGCAUGAUAAAUGUUUUUGUUGUGCAUUAUGCAAAACACCAAUCGGUACUAAAAGUUUCAUACCUAAAAACGAUGAAGUUUAUUGUGCAUCUUGCUAUGAAGAAAAAUUCGCAACAAGGUGUUGUAAAUGUAAAAAGGUAAUAAGCACUGGUGGUGUAACAUACAAAAAUGAGCCAUGGCAUCGAGAAUGUUUCUGCUGUACAAAUUGUAAUACGUCCUUAGCUGGUCAAAGAUUCACGUCAAAAGACGAGAAACCAUACUGUGCUAAUUGUUACGGUGAAUUAUUCGCCAAGCGGUGCAAUGCUUGCGUUAAACCAAUUACAGGAAUUGGAGGUGCCAAAUUUAUUUCAUUCGAAGAUCGACAUUGGCAUAACGAUUGUUUUAUCUGCGCCCAGUGUUCGGCAUCACUAGUUGGAAAAGGCUUUAUAACAGAUGCUGCCGACAUUCUUUGUCCGGAAUGUGCUAAAGCCAGAUUGAUGGCUGCUAAUUCAUGA